AUGAGCAAGCUUAGAAUUUUUAUUGUUAUUCUAGCAAUUGCAAUCUAUUAUUUCCUUAUACAUGGACGAUGCGAAUAUAAAGGGGAUGAGAGAUUAGAUGGAAAAACUGUAAUUAUUACUGGAGCUAAUACUGGAAUCGGGAAAGAAGCGGCAAUCGAUUUAGCAAGACGUGGAGCUCGAGUCAUUUGUGCAUGUCGAUCUAAAUCGCGUGGCGAAGCGGCUGUAGAAGACAUCAAAAAUAUUAGUGGCAAUAACAAUGUAGUUUUAAAAAUGUUAGACUUAGGUUCCUUAAAUUCUAUACGACAAUUCGCUAAGGAUAUUAACGCAAAAGAAGAAAGAUUAGACGUGUUAAUUAAUAACGCUGGUUUAGUCAUUUGCCCAAACUAUAAUACCACUGAAGAUGGUUUCGAAAGAAUGAUGGGUGUUAAUCAUCUCGGUCAUUUCUUAUUAACAAAUCUAUUAUUAGAUUUACUCAAGAAAUCACAACCAAGCAGAAUUGUUGUUGUAACCUCGGAAGCUCAUAGAACCUUGGUAUCUGAAAUGGAUUUGGAAGAUCUUAUGAGUGAAAAAUCUUAUUCUGGUACUAGUGGAUAUGGGCACAGUAAACUCGCCAACAUUCUAUUUUCGUUGGAGCUUAGCAAAAGAUUAAAGGAUACUUCUAUAACAAUAAAUUCUUUACAUCCUGGAGCAGUAAUGACUGAUCUUGGUCGACACAUUGAAGAUUACCUACAUUUACCACCUUUCUUACUUGAAGCUUUGCGUUGGACGUUAUCAAUCUUCGUAAGGGAUGCCCGUCAAGGAGCACAAACAAUUAUUUGUCUUGCUGUCGAUAAGAGUCUCCAAUCAGUAUCCGGUAAAUAUUUUGCUGACUGCGAGAUUUCGAGAGAAUCAGCGGCUGCUAGGAACGAAACUGCUGCAAAGCUACUAUGGGAUAUUAGUGAAAAAUUAGUUAAUCUAUCUACCUAA